AUGGCAAACGGGAAAGCCGUGAGUGUGCCACCGGAUCCGCACGCAGCACUGCUCCCAACCGGGGAAGACGACAGAAAAUUGAGUAAUGUGCCUUACCGCGAGGCAGUCGGGUUGUUAGUUUUCUUGGCGGCCGUAUCAAGACCGGAUAUUGCGUUCGCGGUAAAUUCGGUAAGCAAAUAUCUGGGCAACCAUAAUGAGACACACUGGCGAGCAGUAAAGCGGAUAUUCGCGUACCUCCAAGGAACGAUUGAUUAUGGAAUCAAGUACGAAAGCGGCGGUAGCGAAGCAAUGUUAAUAGGGUUUUCAGACGCUGACUACGCUGGAGAUAUCGAAACGCGAAGGUCCACAACAGGAUAUGUCUUCUGUCUCGCGGGUGGAGCCGUCACGUGGUCGUCGCAGUGA